CUUUGUUGCAAAUCGUGUUGUAGCUGAGAAAAUUGAAACUUGCGGGAAACUUUAACUUUUUGUCCUUUCUACCGUUUUUGGGCGAUAAUAAAUUGACUCUAUGAGUUGUAAAAUAUAACAACGAUGGAUGUCCGAGAGUCGCUCAAUGUUGAGGAGAACCUCUCGGUUAUCACAGGUGAAGGCCAGCUGUCCUUUGUGGAGUCUGACAGUUUCUAUGCCCGAGCUCCACCCCAGGCCGCCUCUACUGUAGGCAGGACUAAGGCCAGGAGGCAGUUUCAACCGGAUACUGAGAGUGGUUCAUUCUUGGAAGAAGCUCCAUACAGGAACACCCGAACACAACUAAGUGAUGAUGACACAAAGAUCAGGAUUUCAUUCAGUGCCUUGGAUACUGGAACCAGACCGAAGGUUCCUAGGUCAACAACUGGUUCCCAGCAAAGUACAUUGACAAAUUCACAGGCACUUCCUGGUUUAGAUAAAGGAGACCAACCCCCGGGCGUUACCCCUUUUGGCGAAUGGUCAGUUGUUUUAGAUUGGUGUAGGGAAAAUGUUCAAGAAAAAGAGGAGUCAGUGAAUGAUGGGCAGUCUUCAUUGGGAAUUCUUAACCUGGACGACAUGGAUCUGUCCUCCAACAACCUAUUGCUAGAUUCUCCUAGAAAAACUCAGUCAAAUUACGUGACCGGGGAUAACGAUGAAUACAAAGGGCCAACACAACCUAAGACAGAAGUUGGCAAAUAUGAUCUGUCUAUGAACUCCCACACUGACCCAUGGAAACAUGAGGGAUCUUCUCAAAGGCUGGAGGGAUCAUCCCAGAAACUAGAGGGAUUAUCUCAAAGGCUUGAUGGGUCCUCACAAAGAUUUGAGGGAUCAUCUCAGACAUUAGAGGGCUCAUCUGAACAAAGAUCCUCUCAACGGCUAGACAGAUCAUCUCAAAGACAUGAGGGGUCAUCUCAAAGACUUGAUGGAUCUUCACAAAGACUUGAGGGGUCAUCUCAAAGACUUGAUGGAUCUUCACAAAGACUUGAGGGGUCAUCUCAAAGACUUGAUGGAUCUUCACAGAGACUUGAGGGGUCUUCUCAAAGACUUGAGGGUUUGUCUCAGAGGCUUGAUGGAUCAUCUCAGAGAUUGGAAGGAAAUGUACAACCAUUUGCUAGAUCUCAGCUAAACACAGUAAAGAAAAACACGGACCUACCCACAACUAGACAUGAUCCAGUAAUGUCAGCGAUUCGUCAGUCUCUGUUUGGUCAAGGAACAAUAGGUGAAGAAGGGGAGGACGGUGAAACAAGCGUGUACAACAUUGAGAUCGAGGCCGAGGAGUUACACGCACUUGAUGCUGACUUUGGGGAGAUAGAUGCUAGCUUAGAUGUCAUGAGUGACGAAGAAAGCCCCUUAAAAACACCCACUAACAAAGAUCUUCAAGAGCAUUCAAAAGGUGAGGACUUUGUGAUAGACUCUAUCUACCUGCGACCUGGCACCACGGGGGAGGAACAGACACAGUCUAGGCUGCCGUACCUCAGCAAAGUCAGCCUCUUUGAUGGUGGCAGUGCCAGCGGGAGUGAGUUAGACACAGAAGAUGAAAUAGAGGCGGCGAGGAAGGCCCAGGGAGAGAGGCAUGAAGCAGCAGGAGAGGCAGCGUAUGGGGCAACUAGGCCAGGUUUGGUAGGGGAAGAUAACCACAUGCCCAUGUACCAGCGUCAGUCUGCGGAGGGGGACGUAGUUACUUCCCCAGUCCCUGGGGAUGGAGGGGGUGGGGGCGAUGGUAGCAGCGGAUCUGACAGUGAUGAUGGUCGAGGUUCCGACAGAACAGAGGGCAGUAGUCAAGGUUACCAUAGUAACAUCCCUACCUCACAACCUUCAAGCUACAAUUCAGCCCGGGACCGGCAACAAGAGGGACCAAGGAUUCGACCAAUGGGAGAUGAUUUGUUGUCCGAGUUGAGGCUGAGCAGAUUUCCUUCUAGCAACACAAGUCAGGCGGAUGGUGAUGGGAGGUUAAGCUCCCGUUACCUGACUCCAGUGAGCCCUGGGCUUGAUUCACCGACCCCUGGGCAAGAUAGCGAUGACCUGGAUGGGGACACAGAUUUUGACCCUGGGAACAGACUUGAGGCAUCAGGGUUCAACGCAGAUGAUGCGUCUGCUCUUGGUCUGGGAAAGGGAAAUGCUUCAAAUCCAUUCGAUCUUAAGUCCAACUCAUUUGGUUCCUUCGGCCUGAGCCCAGCAGGUGGGGAUGGACAAAACGGGAACCAAAGUGUGGAUGUGUCAGUUUUUGGAGAUGAAAUGAUGAGCUCAUAUCCUCGAGGGGACAGAACAUCUAAAUUUGAUGGAGACUGGAGUGGCCUUGACCUGCAGAGAACUGCGGCUUCUGGGAGUCCCUCAAGAAGCAAUGAUUCCCCGUUUUCUGGGCUCCAGCACUACACCACAUCAGGUAGCUGUAUGGGAGAGGUUCGGGUGUGUAACUCACCCAGCCUGCCCAUAUUCCCCCGCAUGUCCCCCAUCCCCCAAGGCGCUCGCACUCGGGCAAGCCAGGAUAGACCUACAGGGAGAGACUCCAGAGGAAGUGAAGAUAGACCCCUUGGUAGAGACUCGUCGGGGAGGCAGUCUGCUAGGUCCAGUCAGGAGCGAGGUGAUGGUGAGAGGGGCUUGUCAUCACGCGGUGUGACACCAGACUCGAGUUUGGAGAUUUCUGGGCUCAAACGCUCACAGGAGGAUGUGUUCAAAAAGCCCACAUUGCCCCCACCAAAGGCUGCCAACUUUGCAAAGUCUGUAGGUAAAUCAAAGAGUUUCAAGUCUCAGAGCAGUACAGAAUAUGGAAAGAUGCAGAGAAGUGGUGCUAGUUCAGGACAGUCUACUGACUCCGAGUAUGUUGAUUUGGAAUACCGCACAUCGCUAUCCCGGCAGGCUUCGGAACAGCGGGUGGGGCUAUGUCGUGUACCGAGCGUGGGUGGUACUAAUGAGAUGGAUUUCACCAUGCAUGACGAGGACUUCUUUGGUGAUUCUGAUGCCAAAGCCAUGCUGGAUGCAGAUGAAGUUCAAUUUGAAGAGGAGAAUAAAUUCUCACAGAACGAAGAGGUAAAAGAGACAGCAUCCCCUAGUGACUCAUGGGCAUACAAGAGCAUCAUGUCAGUGGCCCGACCCUCAUGGUUGGAAGGGCCGGAGGAUGAAGAGGAAAUAUGUGUCCGCAUCUCUGUCGGCACCUUCAUGCGGGGACGCACUGAGGCUCUCGGCUCACUCGAUGGCGAAACCAAAGAACCCAGGCCUGACUUUGGUAUGGACCCGGUGAGUCCCCCACGCCGUCCUAACCCCCUGGCUGUGGUUGAGGAGGGGGAGGGCCCGGAUGUCACUCGUACAUCAGGGGUUGGCGAGUACGAAGCUGGUACGAAGGAGCGAACCCCGGGUAAAGAAUCCGACCGCACACUAACCAUGUCUACCCUGAAGAAACCUGUCAUUCCUAUGACACCUAUGACGCCUAACUCAACCAAGAUGAGCAUAGGAGAACUGAGCAUGAUGUUGAAUAACGGCGGGCACAAGAUGAACAGCUUCAUGUCCCACCAUGCAUCCAAGUCCCAUAAACCCUUCCAGACCGAACCCUAUGCCAGUAAACAUUCAGGUGCUAUGCCGAAAGCUCGACCAUCUUCCACAUCAGAGUCAUUGUCACCGUCGAAAGCAUCUAGCCUGCCAGUUAUGAAGGGUUCCAGUCUAAACAGAAGCUUUCCCAAAGUUAGAGAUAGUGAUAACACACUGAUUAAGUCAGAAAAUCGGCGUAAGGAAAGCACUGGUGACUCCGGGUUUAAAGGUAGUUCUGUGGCUGAAAGUGAUAAGGAAAUUGUCGAUGAUAAUAUUGAAGGAUCGGAUGAAGAAAAGACACCAAAAAGAAAAAGAGAAGAUACAGAAGGAGAUAGAACACUUAAUGAUAAUGAUCAUGCAGCUGAUGGUGCCCUAACCCCCAAAAGUGCCUCUCUGAAUGUUUCUAAUCAUAGUGACCAUUGUGAUGUGUUUUCUUCUCCGAAUGCCUCUAACUACUGGCCUAAUAAUACUGGCCUGUUUGAAAGAAUGGAACAGUUUAAAUUCAGCGAAAGUCAAAAAGCUGUUAAAAGUGAUGAUCAGAAAAUCGAAGAAGGGCAUUUGAAUAUAAAGCCGGACAACAAAGGAAGAAGAAAAGAUGAAAAUAGAAAUGCGAGCGAGGUCUUAGAUACUAGUAAUCAGAGGAAUAGCUAUCACAAAGAUAACAGCAUGAUAGACCAUGGGUACAUGCCGGGUCAUCAUAUACCAGACGGGACAGCAUACAGCCAGCAGUCCGACUAUGCACAUAUGGACCAUAGAGGGGAACUGAGAGAAGAUGUUGCCGGUGUGGAUGAUGUUGAAUUAGCUGAGUCACGUGGAUUUGAUAUGCUAAAACAUAAGUCAAAAUCGCGGACAUCUGAUAACGAUAAUGUUAAAAGAUCAAGUACCAAAGAAAGAACAGUUAGUGCUGAUAGUGGUAAAAGGUUGAAUGCUAAUGAAAGUGCUAUGCAUAGUGAAAAACCAUACGAUAAUCUUGGACAGAGUAAAAGUAGGUCAAUGACUAGCCUUAAACCCACUGAGGGUAACAGUCCUAUGGUGCGAAAUACAGGAAGUCACAUUCCGUCUGCACAGACUGGUUCCAGUCCCACCAAGAGAUUGAAUUCGGAGGAGCAGUCUGUGGGAAGGCAUGAAAGUUGGACUCAGACCUCACUGGUGUUGAGACAGAGUGUAGGGCUCGGGCCUGUUUCGCCUGAGGAUGUAAACUCGGAAAAUCACAUUUGGGGACCCAGUGGGUCUCAUCCCAGUAUGGAAAACAAUCUAGACUAUGUCGAACGACAAAGCUACUCAGGAAAUAUACCACAAGUGCCGUUAUCAAGUUUCAAACAUAAUCUCCUGCCAAAUGGUAAAUCUACAGUGCCAGUUAAACCUCAUUUGCUCACAAAACAAUCGCUGUUUAAGACAGACUUUGCUCAAGAAAAUCUCAGACGGGACUAUAGCAGGGAUGUUAUGGAACGAAUAUAUUCGGGGAAUGAUACAGAUCAGUUUUUCCACGCUAACAUCACACACUCUGAAACCUGCGGGCCUCCAGAUAUCACAGAAGUUCAUACAAUAUGGCAGCCCAUGGAACCCAAUGAAACCAUGGACCAGACAGGUGCUGAUUUCCCCGGGGGUUUCCGGUCACACCCAUCUGCCCACUCGACCAUGCACUGUGGGCAAGAUGACCCCUCCCAUUCUCAGCUGUCCAGUGGGGCCCUGUCAACAACGGCUCAUGGCAUCAGCAAGUUCCUACCACCAGAGUCAUCCAGUAAGGUGUGUCCAGUAGAGGCCCCAGGUGUGGUGCAAUUCCGAGAGGCAUGCUGUGUCGGAAUCUCUCGGGGGGAGACCCUACCCCUUACCAACCCAUCUGAGAGAUGGAUGGAGUGCUUUAUAGAGCCAAAGUCACUGACUCGAGACGGUGCUAGAGUGAGCUUGGAGAACUUCCCGUUCCAGUUUCGCCAGAAGAAGCUAAUCAUAGAUCCACACAAGACAUGUAAUAUGGAUGUGAUGUUCCUGCCAACUGUUGCGGGCGCGUAUGUGGCACACGUGCAGAUCUUCUCACUCUCAUUCCUCAAGCGGGACCAGCAUGUUGAAAAAGACAUUGUCCCUGUGAAUGUCACCUUCCAGGCCAUAGCGGAGGAUCCAUGGAUUAAGGUGACCCAUGAAAAUGAGCCAGCAACGUCUGUGGAUUUUGGUGAGGUCAUGUGGGGUUCAUUAAGCGAGAGAACCAUUUGUAUUCAGAACAUGGGCCAGGCCAACGUCCCCCUUCGACUGGCAAUCACUUCUAACAGAGCAUGGCACUGUUUUUUGUUCGAGCCAGCGGGUCGUAUGUCAGACGUGUCCGUGAUAUCAGGCCGCCAUGCCCCAGGGUCAGAACACGGACGAAGCAUCAUAAACAUAAGCCUGCCGGGAGCCGAUCAGCCAUUUAGCUACCAUGAAGUGCGUGUCUGGUGUAGACCACCCGACAAACAAUACAACAGAGCUGCUGGUCGUCAGUCUCCUGAGGUGUUCCGCUGUGACGUGGAGAUAGAAGUUGACACGCCGUGUAGUCGCCAGCCAAAACUUCACACUGUACACAUGUCAGCCAUCGCUGGCUUUAGGAAACUACACCUACAGUCCAGUCUUACGUCCGAGGGCAUAAGCCUGCGCUGUGGUCAAGGCAGCAUGGCGGACACAACCGUGGCCCUGCACAAUGCCGGAAACCUCCCAUUGACUGUAAAACUAGGAUUCAAUGAGAACCGAGAUGUCCUGUCUGUGUCCCCACAAUCUCUUACACUGGCGCCCAACGUACAGCAGAGUGUGUCCGUGGCUUUCCAUCCACAGAAUAGCUCAGCAGGCAGCACCUUUGAUGCGCUGCUGCUGAUGUUUGUGGAACCCCAGGGCCCAAUGUAUGAGGUCGCCCUUGGCGCCAAGGUCCUUGAUUUGUCGCCUAGAAACAUUAACCUCCUCUGUGAUACAAAUGUCUUGGACUUUGGUGGAGUACCCGUCAUGAAAACUUGUGUAAAGAGGUUUAGGUUAAAGAACAUGGAACGGGAGUCGCACAGAAUGGUCAUCCAUGUCAACUCCGAGGCCGUGAAGCUAUCUACAGUCGCCGACCCACAUACAUCUGGGCGACAGAGGCUAGAAGUUGAGCUAGGGCGGGGUCAAAUCCAGCCCAUCUUUGUCAUGUACUGCCCCACACAACCUGCUCCCCUCCGUGCCAAGAUCACUAUGAUCCCCUCAAACGGCGGACGAUUAAAAUAUUCGGUCAAGUUGAAUGGUUACGGAGGUGUGAGUUGCCUGCAGUGUGACGACGGUUCUAGCGAGACCCAGCGAGUGCAGGGCCAUCCCUGUAUACCUGUACAUCACUUCUCCAUGGAGAGGAUCAGCGAUGUGUUAAUACACAACAUAGGGGACAAGCCUGCUGUAGUCAGUGUUAAAGUUUACAAAGACCUGUCAUGUGUAGACCGCCUACUGUCCGGCCAGAUAGUGGUCCAGCCUAGUGAGUGUAUGGUUGAUGCAGGGGACCAGUGUAAGCUUGAACUUGUGGUCAGUAUGACGGAGAGGGAGUUUGCGGCCCGCCAGGGGGUGGGGAGUGUAGGGGCGGCCAUCUGUCUGGAGUAUCAGGACCAGGUGGAGUCUACCAAACCUUACAAGGGUCGACUUUUGGUUGGCUUGGUAACAGGAUCCUCCCACCCAGCACCCUCAAUUACCACAACACCCACCCGCUCAUCCCGGCCAGUCAGACUAUCCACCUUUCCAGAGAUGUCUAGUCUGCCCAUACAGACAAACAGAAUCUCCUCACAACAUUCACCCCGGAGCCUGCACACGGGUGAUGGCUCCAUCUCGAGUGAUCAUUCGUCCCGGUCAUAUUCCCCCGUAAACACCUCCGGCAGCUGGAACAUCAUGCCAGACAAGCUUCUGCUAUACUGUGCCAACAGAGUGCCAUCCAGCAGUGAAUAUGAAAAGUUUUACAUCUAUAACCAUAACAGAAAAGAAGAAGUUGCAUUUGAGUUGUCAUGGCCGGCAAAGAUGCUGUCCCUAAUUCCUGACAGCGGGACAAUUUCCCCGCGUGAGAAUGCUGAGGUGAAGGUCUACCCUUCCUCGCAUGUCUCGCAGAACCUCAACACCCUUCCAUGGUCAGGCCACGUCAUUGUCACAUCCGCUGGCGUUAAGAAGGAGGUGAAGGUGGAGAUUCGACAAGACAUGACCCCUUUGUCGCGAGAGGACCUGCCCAAGCCUGGCGACCGCAGCCUGGUACCCAUUAGCUCCAACCUUCCACAGGCUAUGCUGGGCACUAACAGGCUCGGAAAUCUUGAGGUGUCUCAAACGCUGGUCCAGUUCCCGGCCACACAGGUGGGCAAGUCAUCAGAGAUGACCUUAGAGUUGCGUAACCUUGGCAUUGAGCAGUUCCGCUGGAUGUUCUCCUCCUUUGCCGCCCCAUACCUCAGAAAGAAGUCAGAGUCUUCUAAGGAGAUGUUCCGAGUUUCCUACAAGGUGUUUGACUUCUCCAAGCAAUUUGGAAAACUCUCAGAACAUGAUAACAUGCAGUUGUGUGUGCAGUUUACACCGCGAUCCAGUGGCACCUUCACCCAGUUUUGGGACCUCCAGACGAGUGGAAGCUCUCCUUCACAUAAACACUCCAACAAGCAUGACUUCGUACGGGUCCAACUCACAGGGGAUGGCAUCGAAAAUACUCCGGAAUAUAUGAAGGACAAGAUUGAUGUCGAAAACCUUCUACCAAAAUCGCUGGGCAGCAAGUUUGGCCUUGUUCUGGCACAAGAUGAAAUGAUUUUCCCAGCCGUGAAGCCUCAGAGUAAGACUGUCCUGAAGGUGGAGUUAAAGAACAGCCACCGUGAGGAUAUUGAUAUAGAGGUCACUUCACCCCACCCACCCUUCUAUGUGAAACAUCACAGGCUGAAGAUACAGAGGAAGAAAUAUCUUCGUCUACCAGUGGAGUUUUGUCCAUCCCAGCCCGGCAAGUACAGGGAUGUCGUCAAGUUCCAGGGCUCAAAGGGAGAAAAUCUUAUUCUACAUGUGUUUGGAAAUUGUCAGUCGUAGAGCUACCUCUAUUGAAUGGUUUGUUGACCAAGGGAUGGAAUUUCACCCUCAAUAAUGGGGGAUUGGCCAGUAGAAGAGUUACCUCUAUUGAAUAAUUGAUCAAUGGGAGAAACAAGUAUCCUCAAUGUGACUGUAGUAGAGUAAUCUGCCUUGAAUAUUGAACUUGAAGUUUACUCCCUUUAAAUAUGGAUGUAAAGAGAAAACAGGGAGAACAGUUCACCCUAAAUUGUCAUCAGUAAUCUCCCUUAAAAAUUAUAGUAAUCUUUCUGUAAUAUUGAAGUAAUCUCCCUUUAUUAUUGAGGUAAUCUCACUUAAACACUGAUAUAGAGGGAGAAAAACAUCAUUGUGUGCACGGAAAUGUGACCGGAGAUUGUUAGUAGAAAAGUAAUCUCCUUGCAUCAUGGAAGUCUAGUUCAAGGGAUCCAAGGAGAAGCUCUUCAUACACACAUAACUGGACAUUAUAAGCAUAGGGUAAAUUGGACCUGACUCGAUCGAUUAUUGGAAUUAAAUCUGCAUAUUGAUAAGAUUGACAAGAGGGUAGCACAAGGUCUACAGUGUAACAUCAUUUACAUAAGCUCAUAUAAAUAACAUGAAUUGUACACUUGACAUUUAUAAUUAAUUAAAUAUUUCAGUCAAUACUCAAUUUGUCAAGUGUCUAAACAUCCAUCAAUUAAUGUACACUACCAUGUAAACUUAUUGUACAUAUGGUUCUCAGCUAAUAAUUUAGAAUCUCUUUUUCAAAUAUGUGUAAACUUGAAAUGAAAAUGAAAAAAAGUCAGAGAUCUGGAAUAAUGGCAAACAGCUGAGUAAAAAUUUAACUGUGAUAUUUACAGAUUUGUGAUAAGUUAUUAUUAAAAGUAAUGGUCUCAAAGUAUUUAUUUACUAUUGUGUGUUUGAUGUUUUUGUACUUAGUACUUAAAAAGCAUAAAUUUUGAGAAUUCAUUUUUUUCUUAUUAUUAAAUCAUGAAUAUAAUGUAAUUAUUUCAUGUGCAAAAUACAAUACAUUUGUGACUGCAAUCGAAGAAAACAAGUGAAAUGAUUUAGCGUGAAAACACUAUGGGUUGACAGUAUAUGAAACCAAAGCCUCGCUUAAAAUAUCAUUGUGUUGAAUUAUUGAGUUCUCGCUAUUCGUCAUCUUUGCAGCAGUGUGGUUUUCAUCGAUUGCGUCACAUUUCAUGUUUUAAGUCCAGUGGUCGGUGCUAGUACAUGAGGUGCUGGAUUUGAAGCAUCGUAUAAAUAUGAGUGAGCUUGAAGGUCUUAAUGACAGGUACAAUGAUGUUAAUUAGUUUUGGUACAUGGGUUAAAGAGACAAGACACCUGAUGGUAAAUACAGUAUGUCCUCAAACAAGUGUAUUAUUGUCAAUAUGAGCUAGUAUGAGGUCAAUAAUACACAACUAUACAUGAUUAAAAAAAUAUUUUGUCGCUUUCUCAGCUAAGUUUACCUGUUUAAAAAUAGUCCAUAAUGGUUUCCCAGUUUAUAGUGUGAAUAUUUUGCAUGUAAAAGUCACAUGAUUAAUACAGACAUGCAACUCUAUUUUUAAAUAAACUGGUAUUUACGUGGUAAAUAGAUUCAAUAAAUUUCGAAGUUGAAAAAUAUGCAAAUACAAAUAGUUGUUUGAGAUGUGAUUCAUCAGUAAGUUAGAUUCAAUGCGCUGUACACAACAACAUGUUAAUAAAAUUUAUGUAAGUUUUUGAAUUAAAGAAAAACAAACCCUCUUGCCAUUGUAUCAUCUGGUGUCUUGUCCCUUUAAACACAAAAUACAGGCCAAAUUCAACUUAGAUUAUAAUCCACCAAUGUUGGAUGGAGUUUUUGGCUCCUUUUCAUAUAUUAAACAAACACGUUUGUACCAAGCAAAAAUGUUGAUGGAAAUAGUUUACCAUUUCUGCGUCCAGGCUAAGAGUUCAGGAUUUUUGUCACUCUUGUGACAGCUUUGGUUUAUUCAAAUGAUAUGAUUAUAUGAACUGCAGAGAAGUCACAAAUGUAUCUUGUAAAAUAUUUGUAAAAAAGCUAGUCUGAUAUAAUAUAUUAGUGAAAUGCAUUGCAUGAUUGUUGCAUGCAUUUUAAACUCUGAUGUUAUGAAAUAUUAUAGUUUUGUUCUCUUUUUUCAUCAAAUACAUAUUGCUACUAAAAUAAUAGUCCUUAGUCAUACAUAUAUAUGCAUCUGUUUUAUUAAAGCUAGUACAUUUAAUGUUUGUAAAUAUUCUUUCAUAUUUCCCCAUUGUGUAAUGAAUUGUUGUAUGUAUUUUUGCAGCAUUAGUUAACGUCUAUGUACACAAUGUAUGAUAUGUUUGCCUGUAACAGUAGACAUGUUUAAAGAAAUAAAUUUUCUGUGGUGUUAAA